ACAAACCAGGCAUCGCAUUCACCGCCAGCUGAUCGGCAAACGUCCGCCAAGGCGAGCAAGGAAGCGUCGAUGCCCAGACAGUGUAAGCUCGUAUAGACCUAAGAUAAGCCGGGCUGUGUAGCUUGGCGACAGCCCCCUCAAGACAAAUACCGCCCCCUUUCUAGCAGACUACACUGUCGCGGAAAUGCGGCGCGAGAAGGCAGACGACGAGUGUCGCCUGAUGUUUAUCGCGAUCGUAUGCGCAACCGUCGCGGUCGCUAUCGGCGUCCGUAGGAUGGUCCUUGCGUUGGCUCGUGCCGCCGUCGCUGGGACAAGCUGUCGUCGUCGGCGCCUUUCGGAUAAAUACCUCGUGGUCUACAGGGCAGUGGACGGUCCACCCGAGACCCCCGUCGCAAUGAAUGGGGUUGAUCGCACGGACUUUGAUCGCCUGGAGGAACUAGCGGCCACCAACGGUCCCCACCUGGUCCAGAGCCCCGUGCGUAUUGUGGUGGAGCCCUGCUGGGACGAUGACAACCCGCCACGAACCACCAAUGGCUUCGGGGGAGCGCCCCGCGCCCUCUUCACGAUAGACUGUUCGGACGAGGAAGGGGAGGAGACGCAGCAAAGGCCGACCGAGCAUCUCAUGGGCGAGGAGCUGAGACGCAAUCGGUCUCGAGCUAAACUUUUCAGUUUUGCUGCGAAGGCACGAUUUCGAGCACAGUCUAUGUCGGGAGCGCACUUAUCCAAUGAGGACCGGGAGUACACCAGCAAGGGUUCCAAGGACUUCAUCGUGGCCACCCCUGAGGAGUUUGUCAGCAGAUUCGGAGGACACCACGUCAUCAACAAGGUAUUGAUUGCCAACAACGGCAUUGCGGCAGUGAAAUGCAUGCGCUCCAUUCGAAGAUGGGCGUACGAGAUGUUCAGCAACGACAAGGCCAUCCGCUUUGUCGUCAUGGUGACUCCCGAGGACCUCAACGCCAACGCCGAGUACAUCAAGCUGGCGGACCACUGUGUGCCGGUGCCCGGCGGCUCGAACAACCACAACUAUGCCAACGUGGACCUUAUCCUGGACAUUGCCAAGAGGGUGGGGGCCCAGGCAGUGUGGGCGGGCUGGGGCCACGCCUCGGAGAACCCCAAGCUGCCCGAGCUGCUCACCAAGAACCGCAUUGCCUUCAUCGGUCCCCCGGAAAAAGCCAUGUGGGCGCUCGGCGACAAGAUCGCCUCGUCCAUCGUCGCCCAGACGGCCAACGUUCCCACGCUGCCGUGGAGUGGAUCAGGUCUGAAGGCGGACUGGAACGAAGAAGAGAACUGCAGCAUCUCAAAGCGGCUCAAGAUCAAGCCCGAGCUGUAUAGAAAGGGCUGCGUCUCAGGAGUGGACGAAGGCCUCGAGGCGGCGCUUCGCAUCGGCUUCCCCGUGAUGAUCAAGGCGUCGGAGGGGGGUGGGGGCAAAGGCAUCCGCAAGUCGGAGUCCUCGGCGGACUUCCCCUCGUGCUUCCGGCAGGUGCAGUCGGAGGUGCCCGGCUCGCCCAUCUUCAUCAUGAAGCUGGCCACCUGUGCCCGCCACCUGGAAGUGCAGCUGCUGGCAGACCAGUACGGGUCGGCCAUCUCCCUUUUCGGCCGGGACUGCUCCAUCCAGCGGCGCCACCAGAAGAUCAUCGAAGAGGCUCCUUGUGUGGUGGCCAAGCCACAGGUCCUCGAACAGAUGGAGAAGGCUGCCGUGCGGCUUGCCAAGAUGGUGGGUUACGUCAGUGCUGGCACCGUGGAGUAUCUCUACAACGAAGAUGGCAAUUUCUACUUCCUCGAGCUCAACCCCAGGUUGCAGGUGGAGCAUCCCUGCACGGAGAUGGUGGCAGACGUGAACCUGCCAGCUUGCCAAUUGCAGAUAGCGAUGGGAUUGCCCCUUCACCGCAUCAAGGACAUCCGCCUGCUCUACGGGGAGUCCCCCUGGGGGGACUCGCCCAUCGACUUCGACGUGCCCGUGCAGCGGCCCCGGCCCCUGGGGCACGUGAUCUCGGCCCGCAUCACCUCGGAGAACCCCGACGAGGGCUUCAAGCCGAGCGCGGGCACGGUGCAGGAGCUCAACUUCCGCAGCAACAAGAACGUCUGGGGCUACUUCAGCGUGGGGGCCUCGGGGGGCCUGCACGAGUUCGCCGACUCCCAGUUCGGCCACUGCUUCUCGUGGGGAGAGGACCGCGAGGAAGCCCGAGAGAACCUGGUGCUGGCCCUGAAGGAGCUGUCGAUCCGGGGCGACUUCCGCACCACGGUGGAGUACCUGAUCACCCUCCUGGAGACGGAGGCCUUCCUCAACAACUCCUUCGACACCGGCUGGCUGGACAAGCUCAUCGCUGAGAGGGUUCAGUCCGGAAAGCCAGACACUAUGUUGUCAGUGAUCUGCGGGGCACUGCACGUGGCACACAGGACCAUCUGUGAGAAUUUCCGCAACUUCCAGACCUGCCUCGAAAAGGGUCAAAUUCUUCCAGCCACGACACUGACGAAUUCACUGACGGUCGACCUCAUCAAUGAGAGCAUCAAGUACACCGUCCAGGUGUCCCAGUGCGGCCCCACCACAUACUUCCUGUGCAUGAACGGGUCCGGGCGGAAGGUGGAGGCCCACCGCCUAAGCGAUGACCGGCUCCUGCUGUCCAUAGACGGCGCCUCCUACACAACCUACAUGAAGGAGGAGGUGGACCGCUACCGUGUGGUCAUCGGGAACCAGACCUGCAUCUUUGAAAAGGAGAAGGACCCCUCCGUGCUCAGGUCUCCCUCGACGGGCAAGCUGCUCCAGUUCCUGGUGGAGGACGGGGCCCACGUGGUGUGCGGCCAGGCGUACGCCGAGGUGGAGGUCAUGAAGAUGGUCAUGACCCUCAGUGUGGAGGAGAGCGGUUGCGUGCACUUUGUGAAGCGCCCCGGCGCCGUCCUGGAGGCUGGCUGUGAGCUGGCCCGACUGGAGCUGGACGACCCUUCACGAGUGAACAAGGCCCAGCCUUUCGAGGGAACCUUCCCCCAGGCGGAGGGGGAGGACUACCAGGGGGGCGACAAGCUCAACCAGCAGUUCGUGGCCGCCAGGCAGAUGCUCGAGAACGUGCUCGAGGGCUACGCCCUGCCGGACCCCUACUUCCAGCCUCACCUGAGCUCCACACUGGACACCUUCAUGCGGACCCUGAGGGACCCCACCCUACCCCUCAUGGAGCUCAAGGACAUCAUUUCGUCCAUAUCUGGCCGCAUCCAGCCCGCCGUUGAGAACAGCAUCCGGCAGCUGAUGAAGAUGUACGACAAGAACAUCACCUCGGUCCUGGCACAGUUCCCCAGCCAACAGAUAGCGAGCGUGAUCGACAGCUAUGCGGCGACGCUGCAGAAGCGGGCGGACCGGGACGUCUUCUUCAUGACGACCCAGGGCAUAGUGCAGCUGGUGCAGCGCUACCGCAACGGCAUCAGGGGACGCAUGAAGAACGUGGUGCAGGAGCUGCUCAAGCAGUACCUGGCCGUGGAGACAGACUUCCAGCAGGGACACUAUGACAAGUGCGUGACCCUGCUGCGGGAGAAGCACAAGGACAACAUGUCUGCCGUCAUGCACAAGAUCUUCUCCCACCUCCAGGUGGCCAAGAAGAACCUGCUCAUCAUCAAACUCAUUGACCACCUGUGCGGUCACGAACCGGGCCUGACGGACGAGCUCUCCAGCAUCCUGAACGAGCUGACCACCCUGAGCAAGACCGACAACGCCAAGGUGGCACUGAGGGCCAGGCAGGUGCUGAUAGCAACGCACCAGCCGGCCUGGGAGCUGCGCCACAACCAGAUGGAGUCCAUCUUCCUGUCUGCCAUCGACAUGUACGGCCACGACUUCUGCCCCGAGAACCUGCAGAAGCUCAUCCUCUCCGAGACCUCCAUCUUUGACGUGCUGCCGGACUUCUUCUUCCACCACAACGUCGUGGUGCAGAGGGCCGCCCUAGAGGUGUACGUGCGGCGGGCGUACGUCUCCUACGACCUGACUUGCCUGCAGCACCUGCAGCUGUCCUCGGGCAUCUGUGCUGCCCAGUUCCAGUUUCUGCUGCCCAGUUCUCACCCCAACAGGCAAGCCCACAUCCCGGUUCAAGUGGAAGGUGCCGCCGACUCGUCUUCGACGGACGAGACGGUGGGCUGGGACCACGAUUCCCAAGACGCCGACUCGCAGCGGUUGGGCAUCAUGGCUGCUUUUAACACUUUCGAGCAGUUUGCCAGUGACUUCGACAACCUGGUGGAGUUUUUCAACAUGUCGCCGUCCCUGAUGCUGCAAGGGAACGACUUUGACUUCAGUACGCGGGAGCAGCAGCACAACAAUCCAGCCUUGGGUGACGGCGCCGAGAGUCCCCCGGUUCUGGAGCCGAUGCACAUCCUGAACAUUGCCAUCCGCAACGACGUCCCCAACGAAGACGAGGACUACUCGGCCAAGUAUUACAGCUUCUGCCAAGAGAAGUGUGCCAUCAUGAAGGAGAAGAUGGUGCGGAGGGUCACUUUCCUGAUCCUGCACAAGCGCCGGUUUCCCCAGUACUACACGUACCGGUACCGGGACGACUACAUCGAGGACCGCAUCUACCGGCAUCUGGAGCCGGCACUGGCGUUCCAGCUUGAGAUAAACCGGCUGCGCAACUACGACCUGGAGGCCAUCCCCACCUCCAACCUCAAGAUGCACCUGUACCUCGGAAAGGCCAAGGUGCCGAAAGGUCAGGAAGUUGCCGACUUCCGCUUCUUCAUCCGUGCGAUCAUCAGGCAUUCUGACCUCAUCACAAAGGAAGCGUCUUACGAGUACAUGCAGAACGAAGGCGAACGUCUUCUGCUAGAAGCCAUGGACGAACUGGAGGUUGCCUUCACCCACCCAGUGGCAAAGAGGACUGACUGCAACCACAUCUUCCUCAACUUUGUGCCCAAGGUCACCAUGGACCCCGCCAAGAUUGCCGAGAAUGUGCGGGACAUGGUGAUGAGGUAUGGUCCUCGCUUGUGGAAGUUGCGUGUUCUCCAGGCCGAGAUCAAGAUGACAAUCCGGCCGAGCCUGAACGGCAAGUGCCUGCCGAUCCGGCUGUUCCUGGCCAACGAGAGCGGCUACUACCUGGACAUCAGCCUGUACAAGGAGGUGGUGGACCCCGAGACGGGCCAGAUGCAGUUCGAGGCCUGGGGCCACCACCGCCAGGGGCCCCUGCACGGCCUGCCCAUCUCCACCCCGUACCUCACCAAGGACUACCUGCAGCAGAAGCGCUUCCAGGCACAGUCCAACGGGACCACCUACGUCUACGACUUCCCAGAGAUGUUCAGACAGGCCCUGCUGCGCCUGUGGGAGGAGCACCUGGAGAUGCGCGGGGGCGAGGAGGUUCCCUCGUCUCUGCUCAGCUGCGUGGAGCUGGUGCUGGACCCGCAGGGGCGCCUGGUGGAGCACAAGCGCCUGCCGGGGGAGAAUGACGUUGGCAUGGUGGCAUGGCGCAUGACCAUGGUGACGCCGGAGUACCCGGAGGGCCGUGACGUGAUUGUGAUUGCCAACGACAUCACCUACCUGCUGGGCACCUUUGGUCCCCAGGAAGACAUCCUGUUUUUCAAAGCUUCGGAGAGAGCCCGAGCCCUCGGCAUUCCCCGGCUAUACAUCUCGGCCAACAGUGGAGCCAGGAUUGGUCUCGCCGAAGAACUAAAGCACCUCUUCAACGUGGCCUGGGUUGACCCCGAGAUUCCCGACAAGGGCUAUCGGUAUCUCUACCUCACCCCCGAAAACUUCAAGAAAGUGAGUGCCAUGAACUCCGUCAACGCCGAGCUCAUUGACGACGAGGGAGAGAAGCGCUACAAGAUCACCAACAUCAUUGGUAAGACGGAUGGUCUUGGCGUGGAGAACCUUAAGUAUGCCGGCCUGAUUGCUGGCGAAACGUCUCAAGCUUACGAAGAGAUCGUCACCAUCAGUUUGGUGACCUGUCGUGCCAUCGGCAUUGGUGCCUACCUGGUGCGCUUGGGCCAGAGGGUGAUUCAGCUGGAGAACUCGCACAUUAUCCUGACUGGCGCCGGUGCCCUGAACAAGCUGCUGGGCCGUGAGGUGUACACGUCCAACAACCAACUGGGCGGUGUGCAGAUCAUGUACCAGAACGGGGUGUCGCACGUGACGGUGCACGACGACCUGGAGGGCACCUACGUCAUGCUCAAGUGGCUCUCCUACAUGCCCAAGUGCAAGGGGGCGCCGUUGCCCAUUGUGGAGCCACUGGACCCGAUUGACCGUGACGUGGUGUACACGCCGUCCAAGGUGCCGUACGACCCGCGCUGGCUCGUCGCGGGACGGGAAAGUCCCACCCUGGCGGGCUUCUGGGAGGACGGCUUCUUCGACCGGGGUUCCUUCAUGGAGAUCAUGCAGCAGUGGGCCCAGACGGUGGUGUGCGGCCGGGCCCGCCUCGGAGGCAUCCCCGUCGGGGUGGUGGCCGUCGAGACGCGCACCGUCGAGAUCGACGUGCCUGCGGACCCCGCCAACCUAGACUCUGAGGCCAAGGUCCUGUCGCAAGCGGGGCAGGUGUGGUUCCCCGACUCCGCAUACAAGACCGCCCAGGCCAUCAACGACUUCAACCGUGAAGAGCUGCCUCUCUUCGUCUUUGCCAACUGGCGGGGCUUCUCGGGAGGCAUGAAAGACAUGUAUGACCAGGUGCUGAAGUUCGGGGCCUACAUAGUGGACGCGCUGCACAACUACCGGCAGCCCGUGCUGGUGUACAUCCCGCCCUUCGGUGAGCUCAGAGGCGGUGCGUGGGCCGUAGUGGACGCCGCCAUCAACCCCAGAAUGAUGGAGAUGUACGCCGACCCCGACAGCAGGGGCGGUGUGCUGGAGCCCGAGGGCACAGUGGAGAUCCGCUUCCGCAAGAAGGACUUGGUGAAGGUGAUGCACCGGGUGGACGGGCCCUGCCGGGACCUGCUGGCCCGGCUGGGAACGGUCGAGGCCUCGGAGAAGGCAGCCCUGGAGGCCCAGCUGCGCAAGCGGGAGACCCAGCUGCUGCCCAUGUACCACCAGGUGGCCCUGUCGUUUGCCGACCUGCACGACAUGCCCGCACGCAUGCAGGAGAAGGGCGUCAUUCAGGACGAGAUUCCCUGGGCCAAGUCUCGGACGCAGCUGUACUGGCGCCUGAGGCGACGCCUGCUGCAGGACCGUGCCAAGCGGGACAUCUUGCAGGUGCGGCCCCAGCUGAGCGACGGCGAGAUGGAGAGCAUGCUUCGCCGCUGGUUCGUCGAGUCCCUCGGCGCCGUCAACCAAUACCUGUGGGAGAACGACCUGGCGGUGACCAACUGGCUGGAAGAGCAGCUCAGCCCCAAGGCACGCAGGUCCCUGGUGGUCGAGAACAUCCAGUGCCUUCGCCGGGACGCCGCCAUCUCGCACAUCAAGAGCCUGCUUCAGGGCAACCCCGAAGUGAUCAUGGACUCUGCAGUGCACAUAGUGCAGCACCUGAGUCCCCAGCAGCGGUCCGACCUCAUGGCCACCAUCAAGACCCUCGAGAGCGGGGGCAGCGUGGGGCCGCCCGAAACGCCCGCGUCCACGUCCGCGGACGAGGCAUCCUGACAGCUGGCCGCACCGGCAACGCGGGCGAGCAACUGCAGCCUCGCAGUGCCGCCCCGGCAUACGGGCGGGCGCCGCGGAAGACGCAAGAAGCGCAAGCCCUAGCGUCUGUGACGUUCCGCCGUGGGGCGGAGUCAACCUGUGCGGACGUCGCCCGGACUGCACGUCUCGAACUGUCGCGACUUCCCAUAAUUUUUCUGGGGAGACGACGCGGGCAGCUGUUUUCGUCUACCGCAAGUGUCUGUUUUGCAUGAAUGUCUCCCUCGUCUGUCGGUGCUGCCGUCACGGUCUGCAAAGCGUUUGUUUGCAUCAAGAUUGUCUGGUGGAUGUUGCACAUGGAACUCUUACUGGCGCCGCCAUUUUAAACUGUUUGUGACUCAUUCUUGUCAAAACAUUGCGGACAUGUUUGCAUCCGCUUUGACUGUCUGCCGGCAUAGAAGUCCAACGUGAACGCGUCCGUCUGCUGACCGUCUGUUGUUGUGUUGGUCGUCUGCCUCGAACCUUUCGCUUUCCCCUGGUUCAAAACUUUUCUUUCUUUUUUCUUUUUUUACAAUCUGCAGUUUUUUAUUGGUGUUUUUUCGUGUUAUGCCGCUGUACUGGUGCCGUCGUGCGAUGCAUACUCUGGUCUGCUCUCACUUCUGUAGUCUGCUUUUUGUAUCGCCUGGAGCUCACAUUGCCUGCGACAUUUCUUCAAAGGUCUUUCCUUCCGCCGUCGUGAUAUGCUCAGGCCAAACUUAUGGAAUGGCACUGCCUCCUGUUCAGAAGUGCUUCAUCUCAGUUUGGGACAAUGGUCACUUUUAUCUGUUGUCUACGGUUAGAAAGAAAAUGUUCCAUUUCUUGGUCAGAAAAAACUGGAUGAGCAGAUUCCCUAGCUUGCAUUCCAGGUUGCAACUCGCAUAAAAAAGAUACCGUUCAACAACUUGAUGUUGCGAAGGUUUGCACGCAUGGGUCACGGCAUGUUCGAAGAAGCCGUCGUCUGCAUUCCUCGCCUCGUCUCUGUGCGCCAGUGUUUCGUUUGCGACUCGUUCAACAGUCAAUGGCCACAUGGUUUGUAAAUAGCAUAGGUGCGAAACACUGUACAAGUGACUCUUUGGUGGUCAUCCAUUGCUGACUGUUUUGGGGUGUUUUUUUUUUUUCUUUGAAAACUAGGUUUUGUGUAACCUCAUUUAUUUCCAAUUUAUUUUUAUCUCAAGAUGUUUGUUGUACAUACAACAAGGACAUUAUUUGUUUUAAAAGGCGAGUUAUGUGUUGCCACAAAACCGUUGUUACGAGUCAUUGAAAUUAACAUACCUACCGUUCUCGUCUUUCGCGGUUCACGAGCGUUUUUGUUUUUUCAUGAAAGGGUGUCACGAGCUUGGACAAGCUAUUGCCAAAUGUUACAAAGUGCAAUUUGAAUGCUGGAAGUAUUGGAAAUGUUUGCAUGUGUUUGUCUGGAGCGUAACUUGGCAAUUCUUAGUUUGACUGGAGCGUAACUUGGCAAUUCUUAGGGGGUCUUGCGCAGUAAAUAAUCACUAUCUGUGGCAUUUAUCAAUGGCUCAUAUUUUAGCUCGACCGAUUUCUGUCUAAAACUUGAGUUUCGUAAAAAUAAAGCUGGUGCUUGCUAAAAGCUUUUGUUCAAUAAUAUCUAGCUUUUUAUAGGGGCAUUAUGGUGACAGAUAAUAUCACUGAAAUAUUUUAUUGCCCCCCUGAAAAUUGAGGGGUUUCCCAGGUAACAAUAUUUAUUUUUAUAAGCACCAGACUCUGAAUGCAUAAAAAUUUUGUGCAAAACAUUUGUUGCGUUGAUUGUUGCUUUCUUGGUCGUUCUGUGUAUAUAUAUUUGGACUAACUGAAAAGGACACUAUUUUUAUAGCAUGCAAAUAAAGCUAGAUUUACUUGA